AUGGCCAGCGAGGAGGAGAAUGCGGCGGUCGACCCCAUCGUGAUCGACAUCGGUUCGGGGACGGUCAAGGCCGGGAUCUCAGGCUAUGAGCAGCACCAGCUGAUCAUGCGCACGCUGGUUGCGCGCGAGGCCGGCGCCCCGAAGCUGCUGGUUGGCGGCGACCUCAACAAGGCCGAGGCCAGCAGCGACGUGCACGUCAAGCCCCCGGUCGACGCCGGCGAAAUCGUCAACUUCGAGGACGUCGAGGAGAUCAUCAAGUACUGCAUCAAGAUGCUCAAGUGCGAGCCCGAGGAAACGCCCGUGCUGGUUCUGGAGAGCCCGACGUGCUCCAAGGCCGAGCGGGCGGCCUUGGCGCGCAUCCUCUUGGAGAAGCUGGGCGUGCCGAAGAUCCUGACGUCCUCGUCGGGCAAGCUCGCGCUCUUCGGCGCCGGCGCCAUGACAGGCGUCGUCGUGUCCGUGGGCCACGGCGUCACGCACGUCACUCCGGUGCUCGACGGCAACGUCGUGGUCGACGCGGUGCAGCGGCUGCCCCUCGGCGGGCGCGACAUCACCCUGCAGAUCCAGGAGGCCCACGGCGGCGACGAGAUGCCCUUCCACGUGGCGAACCGCGUCAAGGAGCACGUCGCGUACGUCGCGGACGACUUCGAGGAGGAGUCGGGGAAGGAGUUCGAGGAGCGCGCGCUCCUCAACCUCGAGCACGAGGAGGACGGCAUCAUCAAGUACGGGCCGGAGUGCUUCCGCGCGCCGGAGAUCCUCUUCGACCCCUCGCUCGCGGGGCUCGAUGCGCGCGGCGUCCACGAGCUGGUCUUCGAGGCCAUCCGGAAGUGUCCCGCGGAACGCCGUGCGGAGCUGUACAGCGCGAUCCUGCUGACCGGCGGCACCACGCUGCUGAAGAACUUCCCGGAGCGGCUCCAGAUGGAAGUCAGGAAUCUGGCGCCCGAGGGUUCCGCCGAGGACGUGGCCGUCGUCGCGCCGGAUGACAGGCAGCACAGUGCGUGGGUGGGCGGCUCGGUGCUCUGCGGGCUCGGCUCCGUUGCGAGCGCCUGGCUGACGAAGGAAGAGUACGACGCAGACGGCGAGGCCGCGGUCGAGCAGAAGCUCCCGUUCUGA